UGCACGUAUUCUACACUGCUCGUAAAGGGAAAACCCGAUCUGACCUCUUCCACAGAAAGAAUGAUUGUGCAAGUUAUUCGCAAGACCAAAAAAUAGAGAGUGAGCGCGCGAAUUAAUCGACUUUCUCCAAAGUUACCUGUGUGACUGCGAGAAUUUGUUUACAUGAAAACAAAAAGGAGCCUUGAUCACAUUACCUACUGAAGUCUUAAUCUCUUCCUCAUUCGAUCCUUCCGGCAUUUUGGACUACUCCCGCUCUCAGUGACAGCAAAAAAGGAAGAGUGAUCCCUUAGCAAGCUAGAAUAGAAAUAGUAUUCGCAGUUGGAGAUCAACAUCCUGUUACGUAAGCUUCAUGUUGUCCACCAUUUCUCGCCAGGCUCUUAGAGCCUCCCAUGUCAGGGCAAUGCAGUCUGUCGGCAGCAUCAGAUAUUAUUCUGCAGGCAGCAAUGACAACAGUAACAAUAACAACGAUACAAACAAUACAGAGAAUAAAUCAGAAAGUUCAGAAUCGCUUUUGAGCAUCCUUUCCUCAACUUCGGGAACAAAAACAACACCAUCAUCAUCAUCACCAUCAUCUGAUCGUCCUAGCAGCAGCAGUGCACCUAUGAGUAGAGGAUCUGAACUCAUUUUGGAGACCCUAUCCCGAGCCACAAACCGUCAACAACAAUCAUUGAAGCGUUCUACCGGCUUUUUGAACUCAAAGAGUGGUGGUGGACUAGGAGAUUUCGGCCGUCAUUUGUUCAGCGAAGUUCAACCUUGCUCACAUAAUAUACAUAUUCAUGCAACGAUGAACAACACGAUUAUCACCUUAUCUGAUUCGAAUGGAGACCCUAUCACAACUCAAAGUGCAGGAACUGCAGGAUUGAAGAAAUCAGCCCGUGCGGGACCUGAAGCUGGUUACCAAGCCAUGAUGAAAGUGAUUGAAAAGGUUGAAGAGAAGAACGUACAGAUUCUUAGCCUUCAUGUGCUGAUGAAGGGCUUUGGACCAGGUCGCGAUUCUGCUUUCAAGGCUAUCCGUGCAAAAACUAAUUGGGAUAUCAAGAGGAUAUCUGACACUACCCCUAUUCCUUUCAAUGGAUGCAGACCACCCAAGGCACGUCGUUUGUAA